UAUGUACACAGCUACCAUAGGGAAAGGGAACUGCGUACAAUGAAGAUCAGUUUGGAGAAGCAAAUGAAUAGGAAAAGGAACAUACAAUUAUAAUUUCCCACAUGAUUAAACUUUUGCAAUUAAGUUUACAACAUUAUUGAUACAAUAUAACACAGAAACAUCAAGUUUGAUAAAUCAUGUUUGGAGAUAAUUGUGAUUCUGAAAGAAUUAAAUGGUGCAAUAUAUAUAAAUCCAGAAUAGACUUCUUCUGUGAUACUGAUUUACCAUCAUUUUGAAUAACAAAUUUUUUUGUGUAAUUAAGUUAAUGCUUAGUAGUAAUGCAAAUUUGGUAGUUUAUUUAGAAAAAGCAUGCACUUUCUUUUUCUUUACUAAUAUAUCUUGUUUACAGUCUUUGAAAGUUAUAUGUUAAAUUGUGUAAAAUUCAACAUUGCAUUUCAAAGGGAGAAAAAGCUAUGUUCAACUACUUGUUAUGACAGAAUUCAAAUUUUUCUGGUGCAUAGUAAAGCCUUCUCUAAUUCAAUCUUUAUCUUUUGUUUUUGCUGCCUUGCAGGGUUGGUACAGUAGGCCUCACUAAACUUAGCUGCAACUAAGAAUUUAUCCUACAUCAACAAAGUUAAUGAUGAUACUCUUGUGGAUUGGAGAAUAAAAGAGCACACUAAGUAUUUAAGAAGCGGAAAAAAACACAUUUUAUCUUCUCAGAUUUAUACUGCAUUCACUGCUAUCAAGACAGCAAACCAAAGGACAGAUUUUUGAUCCACAGUGUGUGUAAAACUAAACUGAUUUAUCUUGCUAAGGCUCGGGGUUUAUGACCUGGACACCAACAUUUGGAAGUUACUUGUUUUACAAAAAUGAGGGCGGCUUUGCAACCAGCAGACAUUGCCAUUGUGGCGCUCUAUUUUGUGCUUGUUUUGUGCAUAGGCUUUUUUGCCAUGUGGAAAUCCAAUCGAAGCACUGUAAGUGGGUACUUCCUUGCAGGGCGAUCUAUGACAUGGGUUGCAAUUGGUGCUUCUUUGUUUGUAAGCAACAUCGGAAGUGAACACUUCAUAGGGCUUGCAGGAUCAGGAGCAGCAAGCGGAUUUGCCGUGGGGGCAUGGGAAUUCAAUGCCUUAAUGCUUUUGCAACUUUUGGGAUGGAUUUUUGUUCCGGUCUACAUACAUUCUGCAAUAUACACCAUGCCUGGGUACUUAUCCAAACGCUUUGGAGGGCACAGAAUUCAAGUAUAUUUUGCUGUUUUGUCUCUAAUUCUCUAUAUCUUCACCAAACUCUCAGUAGAUUUGUAUUCGGGAGCAUUGUUCAUUCAAGAGUCAUUGGGCUGGAAUAUUUAUUUAUCAGUGACACUUUUGAUUGGAAUGACUGCAUUGCUGACAGUGACUGGAGGUCUUGUGGCAGUUAUCUACACAGACGCAGUUCAAGCUUUGCUUAUGAUUAUUGGUGCCUUCACACUUAUGAUCAUAAGUAUUAGAGAAGUGGGUGGCUUUGAAGAGCUUAAACGAAAAUACAUGUUGGCCAUACCAAAUGUUACAUCAAUUUUAUUGACACAUAAUCUUUCCAGUACUAAUUAUUGCCAUGUUGACCCAAAACCGGACGCACUGAAAAUGUUACGUGAGCCAACUGAUGAAGAUAUUCCUUGGCCUGGUUUCAUUUUGGGACAGACUCCAGCUUCUGUAUGGUACUGGUGUGCAGACCAAGUAAUUGUCCAGAGAGUGUUAGCAGCAAAAAAUAUUGCUCAUGCUAAAGCAGCCACUCUGAUGGCAGGUUUUUUAAAACUCUUACCUAUGUUCCUUAUAGUUAUUCCAGGUAUGAUAUCACGGGUAUUGUUUGCAGAUGAUAUUGCAUGCAUCAAUCCAGAACAUUGUAUGAAAGUUUGUGGAAGCAGAGCUGGAUGCUCUAACAUUGCCUAUCCGCGUCUGGUAAUGAAUCUUGUUCCUGUUGGUCUGAGGGGCCUUAUGAUGGCUGUAAUGAUAGCUGCUCUAAUGAGUGAUUUAGAUUCUAUCUUUAACAGUGCCAGUACCAUCUUUACACUUGAUAUAUAUAAGCUCAUAAGGAAGACUGCAUCAUCCAGAGAACUGAUGAUUGUUGGAAGAAUUUUUGUCGCUUUCAUGGUUGUAACAAGCAUUGCUUGGGUCCCAAUAAUAGUGGAAAUGCAAGGAGGACAAAUGUAUCUAUAUAUACAAGAGGUAGCAGAUUAUUUGACUCCUCCAGUGGCUGCUAUAUUUCUUUUAGGUGUAUUCUGGAAGCGCUGUAAUGAACAAGGGGCCUUCUUUGGUGGGAUGAUUGGAUUUGCUUUAGGAGCUACACGGUUGAUUCUGGCAUUUAUCUAUCGUGUCCCUGAAUGUAACCAGCCAGACACUAGACCAUUUUUCAUCAAGAAUAUCCAUUAUAUGUAUGUUGCUACUGGACUGUUUUGGAUCACUGGAAUUGUGGCUAUAAUAGUCAGCUUUUUGACCCCACCACCUUCAACAGAACAAAUUCGUACAACUACAUUUUGGUCUACAAAAAACAGAACUGUAAAAGAAAGCACAUUAACAGGCAGUCCAUAUGAAGCACAAGAAAAGAAUGUGUUAAAGUAUGGUGUAGUGGUAUCUUCAAAUGGGAAGUCUGAAGAUAAUGUUAAAAAUGAACAGCCUGAAAAUGUCAAUCUUCUAAUUACUUCCAGAGAUGACAGCAAUCCAGUGAUUUCGUUGAACUCUGAAGUUGAAACACCAGUUGAUUGUUACUCUAAUGGGCAGGCAGCGCUUAUGGAUAACAAGAAGAGUGAAGAGGAGAUUGGGAGUAAUGACAAAGAUUGGAAGUUUAUAGAUUGGUUCUGUGGCCUUAAAAGCAAAAAUGUGAAUGAAAGAGCCACCCAAGAUAAGAGGGAAGAAGAGACUAUCUGUCUACAAAUGCUGGAAGAGACUCCAAAAGUUAAAUUAUUACUUAAUUGUGGAUUAUUUUGCGUGUGUUUUCUUGGAAUAUUCAUGUUUGUUUAUUUUUCUUUGUGAACAGUUUUUUAAGAGUGUGGCCUGACAUUCAAAACACACAACUAGUCCUUGGAGAAAUAUAUAAUUAUGUGUGUUCUGUGUCAUAUCUCAGGCUUCCUUUACAUUAUUGUUCUUAACCAGUUUGAAAAUCAUUACAAAACCUAUAGUUUAGUGUUUUUAUUUCAGUGCAGAAUGGGGAUUUUAUUCAAUACCAAAAGUUGAAUUUCAAUACAUCAAAGUAAGAAAUUAGUUUAUUAAAAUAAUCAUUUGCAAAUGGUCAAGGUGAAACUAGUGUUAAUGUUGGUACUAACACUUCAAAUAUUGGUAAAUUACACAUAUACAAUUAUGAGUCAUCUUAAUAAUUUCUGAUUAUUUUCCUUUUACCCAGUACUCAAAACAUUGUUUUUGACUAGGUUCCCAACAAAUAUCUAAGUAUUAAAACUGAAUUACACAACUCUUGAUAAUUCAUAUCAUCUAAAAUUAUGCACCACUAAAUACAAUACUUCCCUUUCUCCAUUCACUAGAUGAAGUAUUUAUCAAUAAUAGCAGUAAGUUUGAAGAAAAAUUCAAAUUACACAGAAAGAAUGGUCCAGUUUACAUCUCCCUAGUUGAUACUCUGACAUUGAUUUAGGUCUCCAUUGCAAAUUAUGCUAUUUGGUAUUAUAGUUCAAAUUACCUGGAGACAAAAUGGCAGUCUAAAUGGUGGUAAGAGGGAAAAAAACACCUCAGUAUUUUCAGUUAAAAACACUUUUUUGUUAAGUUGGGAUGUUUUCAUAAAAUUAAAUUUACACAUUAACAUUGUAAGAUUAUAGUGAUUCCUCCAACCUCUUGCAGAAUGAAAAGCAAAAAAAACCUCUAACAUCCUCUGUGAAAUCUUUUUCACGGUGUAAAAAAAAGCCACUGUGAAAUAAGCAAUUUUGUACCAAAGACUUUUUUUUAACACCCUUUUCCAGGGUUGGACUUCAGUGACACCCCCCCCCCCCCAAUCUUUCCAGCAGUUUAGAUGAGGGCUUAUGUUCUUCUUCUCAGCCACCAUAUCAACCUUCCCUCCAGUGUUCCAAUCGUCUCCCCAUGCAUAAGCCAAACAAGCCCUGGGUUUUAGUUUGCGCUCAAAUAAUGGAAAGUCAGCAUUUCCAUGCAUGGAAGAAUCUCCUGUUCUGAGGCUGUAGUUUUAGCAAAGGCAGAAAAAUGAAUCUUACCUGCUCCCUAUGUUGUGCCAGUUUUUAAUACCCAGUUUGAAAUGCAUGAGGAGUAAUAGAUGCACUCUCCAUUACAGCUCUGGCCUUCACAGCAUCUAGAGGAUGACUGAAAUGGCAGGGCCAAUGGAAGCAGGGACUGGCAGACACAUAAACUUACGACUUUUGACAAUCGUAUCAUUCCUAACUGGCUAGAGGGAAUUUGUCCUUUGUUUAGAAUUGAGCUCACCUCUGCAGUUUUGCAACAAAAUGCAUUCUUGCACUUAAAAGUGGUAAAGUUGUGCCCCAUCAGAUGCUUUGUACUUCUCUUGCUCCCUGGUCUUUGGUCAUGCUAUCUGCAAUGAUGGAAAUUGAAAUAUUCCAACAUUGGAGGACCAUAGGUUCUGACUAAUUGGGACUGCAGAACUGAAGUAUCUUAUACAAAAACACAUGUCUUUUCUUUUUUAUCUGUACCUUAGAACAGAUUGAGAUUGCAAUGACUAUUGUAACAGCAAUAGUAGGCAGGUAUGAUAACCAAAAAUUGACUUGACUCAUUGGCAAUAUCAUAUUGAGUCAUUUUGCUUUAGAAUUUUUCUUACAAGAUUGGUGAAAAAAUGUCAUUUAUUACUGAAUAAUAAAUGAAUUAUUAUGGCAUUAAUUGACAUUUAUUACUGAAUGAUGGAAUUAAUAUGAAAAAUCUAGAGACAUUAAAUAGUGGUUUCAAUCUUGAUUACAUGAAAUAAUUUUAAAAGCAGUGUAUGUAUUUUGUAAAUACUGUAGCAAUGUUAUGUUUUUGUUGUCUUCUACCAUGAAUUGAGCUUCUUUGUGUACAGGACCAAAAAGCCUUUUCAAGGCAUGUGUAAUAAAUGCUUCAUUGAUGCUUUAAAAAAGUGCUUUAGAGCAGGUAGUGGGAUAUUUUGGUGCUUCACAAACUCAAAUGCAUAUUUUCCUGGGCUACAGCUGCUUUAUAAGCCCAGAAAAAAGUACAGCUUCUUUAAGGAGGUAUUGACUGAUGUGGCAUGUAUGUUCAUGCUGGCUCCAACGUUCCUUUUUGGCUUCAGAUCUGAAGUAGUGCACAUCUUUUGCCUUCCUUGACUAGAGACACCAGAUGAUGCUAGUGAUGAAAGGUGGAUUUCUCCUGAGGUAAGGUAGCAUUUCUCUUUCUAGUACUUUCAGUAUGUUGAAUGAGUUGCUAGCAUUGACAUGCAGAUUGGCUAGCUCAGGGAUCUAUUUCCCUUCCUUUCCCUCGAAAUGCCUUGAAUAGCCUUACAGACACAUUAAAAUAGCCGUGUCCAAUACUCUCACUGUCUUAAUUUCAAGUAACUUAGUGUGUGUGUGGUAUUCUGAAUACAUAUGACAGAGUUCAUUCUGAGUCUAUUUGAAAUUGGACCAAUUAACCAGCAAGGGAAACGUUGCCACAUUUUAAAAAUGUAUCAACUCUGUUUGGGAAUUCUAGUAACAUUCCCUUUUCUACUUUAUAUAGUUUAGACUCGGGAUAGUGAAUCUGUGGCACGCGGAGAUAUUUGUCAAGGCACGUGAGGCGCCCUAUCAGCUGGCCAGCGCGCAUGUGUACA